UGAAGAAGGUCGUAUACCAAAGUAGUAAACAUUUCUUUACAAUAUAUUAUUAAUUUGAAUAAUUUCUACUUUUAUAUUGAUUUAUAUUAUUAAUUGUUUUCUACAUAAAUAUUGAAAGAAUAUUUAAUAAUUUUUAAACAUGGAGAAAAAUAUGAAGAAGGAAGUUACAUUCUUAAGUAAAUAUUGUUGUUUUAGUCCCAAAACCGGGAUGUUAGUGUGUUUUAUCCUUGAAAUUAUCUUGGAUAUUGUAGCAGCUAGAAUGUUGACAACACUUUAUAGUCCAAUAUAUAACAAUACUAACAGAUACUACAAAGCAAUAGCUAUUGUUGAUAUUGGUCGUUAUGCAAUCGUGAUUAUCAUCAUUAAGCAAAUUAUAGGAAUUUUCGCAAAUUUCGUUCCAAUUUAUAUUUUGCAAAAGAAAUUCGUCAAUCGUAAAGUGAUGGCAGACAUGAUUUCGAUCAAAAUGAAAUCGUUACUUAUAUCAAUGCUAUUGGUUUGGAUUUGUGUUAGCGGAGGCUUUCAUGUUUCUGCAGAAGUAGGAUUAAUAAUUUUCAUCAUUGGACAUUUAUACUUAGCUGGAGUCUGGUACGCUUGGUUAGUUAUUUACAAUCGAUUUUGGGAACUGCAAAAUGAAGAAAAACUAGCCUUAGCAAUUUGUGAAGAAUAAAUAUAUAUAUUGAAUAUUUAUCAAGAAGUUUAUAUGGUGUAACAUAGGGUCCAAAAUGUUUCCUGAAUUUACAUGUAGCUGAAGAUCAGAACGUUUUUUGCGGAACGAACAUGAAAAGUAUAAAAUCUACUGAACUUAGAUAACUGAAAUUUUUUGCACAAGCGCUACCAGAGUCACAAAAUUAGAUCAGUUUUAAAAUAAAUGAUAAAUUCAAAUAAUUUUACUUCAAUGUAAAUUUACAAAUCGUGUUCAUUUUAUAUAGGAAUUUAAUCUGUUUUUGCCCGUACUAUUCCUUAUUCAGGCCAAUAUCAGACUUCUUUUCGUAUGAUAUUUAGUCUGUUUUGAAUCGCGUUUAGACUAAAAACAGACUUUUUUAUUAUAAUUAUUGGUCUGUGUCCAAUUGUUUUUAAAAACAAAAACAGACUUUAUUUACUAUAAUUUUUAAUCUGUUUUUAAUCGCUUUCAGUUCAAAAACAUAACUUUUUACAAAUAUAGAUAAUAAUUAUAAUCUAGACUUAUAAAAUUAUUUGAAUUUUCUUGAUAUUUAAAACAUGCUAAUGCGCUUCCGUAAUAAGAUGUCAAAAAUAUUUCCCAUUUUAUCCAGCAAAUAAGAAAAAUUUUUUGACAUUUUAAGAGUUAUUUUGUUACUUCUAUUCAAUACUAUAAAUAUUCAGUCAAGACAUCGAAAAAAUAAAACUGUCAAACUUUCAUUAACUGCCGACAUUUUUAAACAAAAGACACUAAAUUAAUAGUAAGCAAAACAUAAUCAAUUCUGUAACUUAAUAUAUUUUUUAUAAAUAUUGCCCAUAAAUAAAAAUUUUAUAAGUCCAUGAUUUAAUCUCGUUUUGUCCUUGCAAAUUUUCAGAACUAAAAUUUUUUAAAGUUCAAGAAUUAAUCUAGUUUUGUCUGCCCGUAAAGUAAUUGUUUUUUUAAACAGCAGAUCAAAAACAGAUUAAAAUUUUUAUAAAAGAUCAGAAACAGCUCAAAUAGUUCAAUUAGACUAAAAUCAGAUCAAAUUUUUCAGUCCGGGAUCUUUUACGGUAUUUUACCAUAAAAUACUUUACAUAUCUCUAGCGGAUCCGAAUUACGGUAAAUACAGUGAUUUACCGUAAUUUACCGUAAUUUGUCGUAAUUUACGGUGCCUAGCAGAAUUAAAGUAAA